AUGUAUUUGCUGCAGCAUCUUCUGGUCGCCCUCCUGACCUCUGAUUCGGCAAGAGCUGCGGUUUCGGUGCCCUCUGAGUACAACUCCAGCUACGCGAGCAUGACUGUGACAACGGAGCGCUACGCCUGCAGUGGCGAGCUUACGGGCACCAGAGAUUCAACACAAGUCGGCAGCAUCGGGUUGGGCUCACACAUGUGCUCGGAACGCUCGUCUUUCUUCGAGUGCUCCAAAAAUGGAUCGAACAUCGGCCACUUUGAGUGCUCCUCGAAUGCGUUGAUUGAGGAGUUUCCCGUGGGCUCCUGCCUAAGAUGUGACGACUAUACCUUCUCCUGCGAUCGGAUUUGGUGGAAAGGAACCUUCUACGACGCAAGGUACUUUAAACCCGUGUGCAGCAUGCCUUAUUUCGAUUCUGGCUGCUACUCGAGCCUUAAACUCUGGUCCUGCCUCGUGCUCGUGUUUGCCUCCGUGCUGCUGAGCUCUGGGUGA